AUGUUUGAUUUAAUUGAAACAAAACAUCAUGAAAUGUUUCGACGUAAUCAUCUUACUGAACUUGGUCUUGGGGAUAAUAUUGAUGAACUUAAACAACGUGAACGACCAUUUAAAAAAGCAUUUAUUCAAAAAGUUAAAGAUAAAGAGGCUCAAUUAAAAGAAACAGAAAAACAAGAAAUUAUCUUAAUAACUCAUUUGUAUUUAUUUUUUCUUUAG